AUGGUAUCAGAGCCGCCCACAACAAUCUCUGUGAAAGGUGAUCGGUGUUUGGAUAAAAGAAUUGAGUAUUCGAUUCACAGAUUCAUCAGUUUUUCAAAUGAGAGUACAUCCACACCACUUCAUGUUGCAUCUGGACAAGGUAUUGAUUACAAUCAUCCUCUCUUCCUUAGUCCGGCUGAUAUUAGUGGAGUUAGCAUCAUUUCCUUUCAAUUGAUUGGUGUUGAGAAUUAUACCUUAUGGAAUCGUUCCAUUACACUAGCACUACUAGGAAUGAACAAGGUAGGGCUAGUAGAUGGAUCCUGUAUGAAAGAGAUGUUUGGUGAAGAACUGUGGGGACAAUGGGAAAGGGUUAAUGCAAUUGUACUUUCGUGGUUAAUGAAUUCAGUGUCAAAAAGUCUGCUCAGUAGUAUUGAUUUUGCAUCCAGUGCUUUUCAAGUCUGGAAUGAUUUAAAAGAGAGGUUUAACAGGAUAGAUGGAUCUAGAACCCACAGUCUACAUAAGGACAUUGCCUCAUUACAUCAGGGUACUGAUUCUAUGUCUGUGUACUACACGAAACUCAAAACACUACGGGAUGAGUUUGAAGCUUUAGUUCUUGCUCCUUGCUGUAACUGUGACAAGUCUAAAGGAUUUGUUGCUCAUCUGAAUAGGCAAAGAUUAUAUCAAUUUUUGAUGGGGUUAAAUGAGUCUUAUCAUCAUGCUAGGAGCCAAAUAUUGAUGAUGAAUCCCUUACCAACUACUAAUCAUGCAUAUGUUAUGAUAGUGGGGGAUGAGUGCCAAAAGGCUGUGGUUUCAGUCACUAACAGCAUGGGAUUAAACUCAGUUGGAGGAGACUCUAUAGCUAUGUUUUCUAAAACUGGUACUUCUUCAGGACCAAGUCAACGGUUCAAAAAGAAUUCUAUUAUGGUAUGUGAUUUAUGUCAUUGUAAGGGUCACAGCAAAGAAUUUUGUUAUAAGAUUGUUGGAUAUCCACCAGACUUCAAGUCUAAAAGGAAGGUACAUGGGACUUCCUCAGACUCACACCAUCAGUUAGCUCACUUCUCAUAUGGUAUGAAUACCAAUGUUCUUGUUCCAGCAUGGGGAAGGAAAUCUGAUACUAAACAGGUUGCUGAUGAAGUGAUAGAAAAUUCCAAAGGGCACAAAGCAAUGAGUCAAGCUGAGAUGAAGGUCAAACAUCUUCUUCAGGGUUGCACUUUUACAAAGGAACAAUAUGAUCAUAUUCUCACAGGUUUCCAAAACAAGAAUGAAUCUACUUCUUCAGACUGUUAUCCUGCACAUGCUGCUCACACUGCAGGUAAAACUUUCUUUGUUUCUGAAAAUAGUAAUGUGUGGAUUGUAGAUACUGGUGCAACAAACCAUAUGGUAUCUCAGUUGGAUAUGUUUAUCAAAGGGUCUGUGAUCAAGUUAGAGGUUCCUAAGAGUGUGUAUUUGCCUAAUGGAAAUACUACACAGGUGACUCAUGUUGGUUCUUGUGCUCUAUCAGAUAGAAGUAUCAUUUCCAAUGUCUUCUAUCUACCUGAAUUCAAGUAUAAUCUGAUGUCAGAACUUUACAGUGGAAAGGUGAAGGAGAUUGGUGAAGAAGAAGGAUUUGCUCAAACUGCCUCAGAGUUGGAGCUGUGGCAUCAAAGACUAGGACAUGUGUCCUCAGGAGUUCUUGCUAGGAUGCUUGAUAUGAAUAAUCAAAGUAUGAGUAGAGUGUCUAAGUGUCUAGUUUGUCCCUAUGCUAAACAUACAAGGCUUACUUUUCCUUCUAGUAGCAUUAAAAGUUCAAACAGUUUUGAUUUGAUUCAUGUUGACCUCUGGGGUCCUUAUAGCACACCUACUUUUGAUGGAAAUAAAUACUUUCUUACGAUAGUUGAUGACUUCUCAAGAAUGUCCUGGAUUUUUCUAUUAAAGCAUAAAUAUGACGUGAGCAUGUCUAUACAACUGUUUCUAAAGUUUGUUAAGAAUCAGUUUGCUAAAACCAUCAAAGUGAUACGGACUGAUAAUGGUACUGAGUUUGUGAAUUUUGUCUGUGAGACUAUGUUUAAGGAGAUGAGAGUUAUUCAUCAGAGAUCAUGUCCCUACACCCCUCAGCAGAAUGGAGUGGCUGAACGAAAGCACAGACAUUUACUUGAGGUUACAAGGGCCUUAAGGUUUCAGGUUCUUUCUGCACAUGAUAAGAUGAUGCCCAGGUCUAGAACUGCAGCUCAUAUGGGAUAUUCAGAAAUACAUAAGGGGUACAUUAUAUUUGACAUUGCUACUAGAUCAUUCUUUGUCAGUAGAGAUGUCAUAUUUAGGGAAGAUGUGUUCCCUUUUUCACAUACAUACAUCACUGAUAGCCAACCAGUCUUUGUAGACAAUUUGCAGGCUUCAGAUUUUAUCCUUCACGCCACUUCUCCUCAGGCUCCUGCUACUGACAUCAUGGAGGAAACAGUCCAAGAAGUUCCUGUGCAGGUUGUACCAGUUGAUACUAGAAAAUCCUCAAGAACUACACACAAACUUCUAUGGAUGAAGGAUUUCGUUUCUCUCAACAUAAAUAAGGAUGUGAAGUAUCCCUUAUGCAACUACAUGAACUAUAGUCAUCUCUCUCCUACCUAUCAAUGUUAUAUAGUUGCUACCUCAUCUCUGAAAGAACCUUGUACCUACUCAGAUGCAGUUAAGGAUCCUAGAUGGGUUGAUGCUAUGCAAACUGAGAUUCAAGCCUUGGAAGACAACAACAUUUGGGAGAUCAUAGAUUUACCCCAAGGGAAGAAGCCUAUAGCUGCAGGUGGAUAUAUAAGAUUAAGUACAAAGCUACAUGAGAAGUUGAGAGGUUUAAAGCCAGGUUGGUAG